AUGGAACAACAGGAACCCAUCAUCAUGGGAGCCACCCCUUUCCACCCCUCGAUCCUCAAGGUCUGGCUUCCAAAGGUUUUCGACAAGCCAACGGACAUGAGGUACGAUGGGACUAAGGAUCCUCUGGAGCAUAUCACAGCCUUUGAAGCAAGGAUGAACUUGGAGGGGGUAGGCAACGUGGUUAGAUGCCGAGCAUUCCUUGUAACGCUAGCCGGCCCAGCGAUUCGAUGGUUCAAUGCCCUCCCGCAAGGAUCCAUCACAGCUUUCGCCAACAGAUGCCGAGCAUUCCUUGUAAUGCUAGCCGGCCCAGUGAUUCAAUGGUUCAAUGCCCUCCCGCAAGGAUCCAUAACAGCUUUCGCCGACAUCUCCCAAAGCUUCCUGACUCGGUUCACGACACGCAUAGCCAAGGCAAAACACCCAAUCAAUUUGCUAGGUGUUACCCAAAAACCCGGGGAGCCGACCAGGAAGUUCCUGGACAGAUUCAACGAUGAGUGUCUAGAGAUUGACGGCCUUACGGGCUCAGUCGCUAGUCUUUGGCUAACGAACGGCCUGCUAAACGAGGACUUUAGGAAGCACCUCACUACCAAGCAUGUCUGGUCCAUGCAAGAAAUUCAAAGCAUGGCCAAGGAAUACAUCAAUGAUGAGGAAGUAAGUCAGGUUGUAGCAAUGACGUGA